AUGGGUGUGUGUGGUGUUGAAGUGAAGUCAGUGUCGGUCACAGAAGGAGAUUCAGUCACUCUAGAAUCUGCUUUAGCUGAAAUACAGAGCAAGGAUAUGAUAAUGUGGAGGUUUGGACCUCAAGAUUUUCUCUUAGCUAAAAUCAGCCGAGACGACAAUAAGGGUGAGAAUUUUGGUGAUGUUACUGAUGAGAAAAGCAGAGACAGACUGAAGCUGGACAAUCAGACUGGAUCUCUGACCAUCACAAACAGCAGAAUCUCAGACUCUGGACUUUAUACAGUGAGCAGCCGCACUAAAGGAGAUACGCCACUCCACACAUUCAACCUUACUGUCUAUGCUUAUCUGCCUGCUCCAGUCAUGAUCAGAGACUGUUCUUCAUCAGUGCAGUAUUGUUCAGUGGUGUGUUCAGCGGUGAAUGUGAGUGCUGUGAGUCUCUCCUGGUACAAAGGAAACAGUGUAUUGUCCAGCAUCAGUGCGCCUGACCUCAGCAUCAGUCUCUCUCUACCUCUGGAGGUGGAAUAUCAAGAUAAAGACACCUACAGCUGUGUGAUCAAGAACACCAUCAGCAACCAGACCACAUAUCUGGACAUCAACACACUCUGCCAGACAUGUUCAGUUGAAGCAGUUCAGAGGGGUGAAGAAAUUACAUACGCUGAUCCGACAUUCUACAAGAGAGAAAAAAAGAAAACGAGAGUUGUAAAGGAGCAGGACGUGGUGUAUUCCGUAGUCGCCAUGAGACACUGA